CUUCUUAAGCACCUUUUGGGGUUUAACCUUUGGGUUACAGAGCCGAGGUUGAGCGCGGGUAACAGUUUCGACGACGACGACGACGACGAAAGAUGAUGCUUUUGACUGCUGGGUACGUUCGUCUGGCGACGGGUUCCGUGGCGCGGACUACGGCGCGGAGGAUAUCUACGGGAUCUCGAUCCGGCGCUGUCGUUGCCGGUGUUGGGCAGCGGAGGAAGUUGUCUUCAGGGCACGAAGGGCUGAGUUUCAGUCUUGGUCCCGAGGAACCCCCCCUCCUAACUCAAACCAUCCCCCAGCACUUUUCCCAAAUCGUCUCCCAACACGGCGACCUCCCCGCCGUCACAGCCCGCAGCCCAACCCCAAACUCCUCCUCCUCAUCAUUUGCCUCCCCGGCCGCGACAACAGCAACACUAACCUACGCCGCUCUUGACGCCCUCUCAAACACCCUAGCCCACGGCCUCCGCUCCCUCGGCGUCCGCAAAGGCGACCGCCUCGCCGUCUCCCUUGGCAACGGCGCAGAGUUCGCCGCGCUCACCUACGCCGCCUUCAAGCUCGGCGCCGUGCUGGUGCCCCUGAACCCGGGGUUCAACGCGAAGCAGGUCGGCGCCGCGCUGCGCCAUUUGGGGGUGGAGUGUUUGAUUAUUGGCAAAGUUACGGAUUUGCCGUAUAAGCCGUGUCGGGGGCGGAGUAACCUCGAGUUGCUGAGGACGCUGGUGCCGGAUCUGGAUAAGGGGGGAGGCGUGGUGGAGAGUGAAGUCGUGCCGAGUUUGCGGAGGGUCGUGGUGUUGGAUAAUGCUGGAUUUCACCCCGAGGUGGAGUUCGCGGGUGGAUUCAGGGCGUUGACGCCGUAUGAGGUUCUUCUUGAGUCCGGGUCGACGGGGGCGGUUGUGCCCGAUGCGCCGCUGAAGCCGGAGGACAGGAUCAACAUCCAGUUCACGUCCGGGACGACGUCCCAGCCGAAAGCGGCGAUGCUGACGCACACUUCGAUUCUCAACAACGGACACCUCAUUGCGCAGAGGAUGGGUCUGGUGCCGGGGGAUAGGAUCGUGUUGCCGCCGCCGCUGUUUCACUGUUUCGGGUGCGUGUUGGGGUACAUGGCGACCGCGACGACGGGGGCGGAGAUUUUGUUUCCGAGUCCGGCUUUUGACCCGUCUGCUACGUUGAAGAUGGUAGCUGAUUACGAUGCGACGGGGUUAUAUGGUGUGUCGACCAUGUUCGUCGCCGUGCUGGAGGCGUUGGCGGGCGGCGGGGUGGUGAAGAGAGAGGAUAUGCCGAGGGGACUGAGGAAGGGGAUCGCGGCGGGGAGUUCGGUGCCGGAGAGUUUGAUGAGGCGGUUGUAUGAGGUUCUCGGGCUGCGGGAUUUGGUGAUUUGUUACGGGAUGACGGAGACGAGUCCCGUGAGCUGUAUGACGGCCCCCGACGACGGAUUCGACAAGAGGACGGGGAGCGUGGGGAGGGCGAUGCCGCAUACUGCCGUCAAGAUUGUUGAUCCGGCGGACCGGGGACGGGUUGUGAAGAAGGGCGAGAGGGGGGAGCUCGCGGCGGCUGGGUACCUUGUUAUGAAGGGGUAUUGGGGCGACGAGGAGCGAACGGCGGAGGUGAGGAGGGAGGAAGGGGAUGGGCGGGUGUGGAUGUACAGCGGGGACGAGGCGCGGAUGGACGAGGAGGGGUAUGUUGAGAUUACGGGGCGGAUCAAGGAUUUGAUUAUUCGGGGUGGGGAGAAUAUUCACCCCCUCGAGGUUGAGAAUUGCUUGUUCCAGAUGGAGGGGGUGAAUGAGGUUUCUGUGGUGGGCGUGCCGGAUGAGAAGUUGGGGGAGAGUGUUGCUGCGUUUGUGGUUUUGAAGAAGGGGUGGAGGGGGGAUGAUGGGGAUGGUGCUGCGGGAGGGGAUAAGGUGAUUAGGAAGGAUGAGGCGAGGGCUUGGGUUAGGGAGCAUUUGUCGAGUCAUCUUGUGCCCAAGCAUGUAUUCUGGGUGGACGAUUAUCCCAAGACGCCGAGUGGGAAGAUUCAAAAGUUCAAGCUGAGGGACAUGGCCAAGGAUUUGCUCGAGGGGAAGAAGUAGAUGGAUCAUAGGGUAUGGA